AUGUCGAUUGCCAACUUACCAAAAGGAGGAGUCAAUAGGGGAAUCAUUAUACCUUUGUUCAUUCCAUGCCCCAGUUAGUGUGUAUGUCAAUCCUCAGAACCAAUAGUUUGGUAUUGUUUAUGUGGAAGUGCUAUGUAUCUUAGUGAAUAUGGUGAUAUCUUUUGUUAAAAUCAUUUAAAGUAUUGUUCAGGAAACUUUAUUAAGAAUAAAUUUUUCUAAUGUGAUAAGGCAAAACAAUCUAACACUAGGUAUUAAUUCAAAUCGAUUUCCUAAAUUUUGUUAUCACUAUCUCAGUGCUUGUCGGUCUUAGAAGAUACCAUCGAUCAUUAAUAACAAAGAUUUUGUUAGAGUUUCUUAGAAAACGUAUGUAAAAGAUGGCAUUCUUGAUUCCUUUGAAAUUAUAUAGUUUGUUAUCAAAUAAUUAAAAAUAC